GCAAGAAAAAAAAGAAAGAAGAAGAGAGCGGGCCAAGGAGGAGAAGUAGCUGCGGCCACUCCCUCUCCUCUCCCUAUCUCGCCUUCCUUCAUCCCUCUUCCUCGCCAUCAUAUGCUCCUUCUGGGCCCUCUUCCACUUCCCAUCUCAACAACCCUUGCUUCUCCCUCGCAUUCCCGACCUUCUCCUCUCCAAUUCCUCGCCUUUUUCACCUAGGGCUCGAUCCCGCUCAAUGGCCUCCGGGAGUUAUAGGAAUGGCGCCCCUAAAGUUAGUUCCAAGCUCGAUCGUCCUCCCUCUGCUGGUUACUCCACUCCUAAGCCCUCUACUAAGUCCCGCCAGCCCGCUGGCCCCGCUUCCGGCCUCCGCCGUAGUAACUCCGGCUCCAACUCUGUCAAGGACGACGCUGGAGUUCCUGGAAGGGUUCGAGUGGCUGUAAGACUUCGGCCUAGAAAUGUAGAGGAGAUGGAAGCAGAUGUUGAUUUUGCAGAUUGUGUAGAAUUGCUGCCUGAGCUUAAAAGAUUAAAGCUCCGCAAAAACAACUGGGAUUCAGAAACCUAUGAAUUUGAUGAGAUUUUGACAGAAUUCGCUUCUCAAAAACGAGUUUAUGAAGGUGUUGCUAAACCUGUUGUUGAGAGUGUGCUGGAGGGCUACAAUGGCACAGUUAUGGCAUAUGGACAGACUGGUACUGGGAAGACAUUCACGCUGGGAAGGCUCGGUGAGGAGGACAUUGCUGCUCGGGGAAUUAUGGUUCGUGCAAUGGAGGAUAUCCUUGCGGGCGUAUCCCCUGAUGCUGAUUCUGUAUCAGUAUCCUAUAUGCAGCUUUACAUGGAAACCAUCCAGGAUCUUCUUGUCCCAACAAAUGAUAAUAUUGCUAUUGUAGAAGACCCCAAGACUGGGGAUGUUUCAGUACCUGGGGCUACCAUAGUAGAAAUUAGAGAUCAGAGUAGUUUUCUUGAACUUCUUAGACUAGGGGAGGCUCACCGUUUUGCAGCAAACACGAAAUUGAAUACUGAAUCUUCUCGCAGUCAUGCUAUUUUGAUGGUUCAUGUUAGGAGGUCCAGUAAAGGAAGAAAUGACCGAGAAAAUUUUCCUGCUGAGAAUGGCAAUGCUUCUCCGUUGGUUACAUCUUUUAGGCCACCGAUUGUCAGGAAAAGCAAGCUUGUUGUGGUAGACCUUGCAGGCUCAGAACGCAUAGAUAAAUCUGGAAGUGAUGGCCACACGCUAGAAGAAGCUAAAUCUAUUAAUUUGUCACUGAGUGCCCUUGGGAAAUGCAUUAAUUCUUUAGCUGAAAAUAAUGCGCAUGUGCCAUUUCGUGAUUCAAAACUAACCAGGUUGCUUCGAGAUUCCUUUGGUGGUACUGCAAGAACAUCACUGGUUGUAACAAUUGGCCCAUCUCCACGUCAUCGGGGGGAGACUGCAAGUACUAUAAUGUUUGGACAAAGAGCUAUGAAGGUGGAGAACAUGGUGAAGUUGAAGGAGGAAUUUGAUUACAAGAGCUUAUGCAGGAGACUUGACAUAGAAUUAGACAAACUAAUUGCUGAAAAUGAAAGGCAACAGAAAGAUUUUGAGGAUGAGGUAGAGAAAAUAAGAGCUGAAGCACAAAGUCGUCUUGCUGAAGCUGACAAAACAUAUAUGAUCGCAUUAGAGAAUGAGAAAGCUAAAUACGAAGAGGAUUAUAUGGAAUCAGUAAAGAGGCUUGAGGAGCAGUUAAUAGCAAAUAAACAAAUAAUUUCAAAUGAUACGAUUGGUGCAGAAAACCAUGCUCGGAAUAUGGAGAAUAUACCUGGUGAAGAGGUCUGCAGAGCUUUUUUUUUGUACACUUUAUUUUUUUUUUAUCUAGCAUUUAUUGAUGGCAUACACAGCUACGACAGGAGUCUGUUCUUUCAUGCAUUUACUUGAUGUUGCGAUGAGAAUCAAACCAU